AUGGUGUCCUUUUCAGAAAACAGAGUCCACGAUGCCCCCGGGGGGAACAUCCUCGCUCCUCUAGCCGUUGUUGGAAUGUCGUUGAAAUUUCCACAAGAUGCGACAUCCCCGGAAGCAUUUUGGAAUAUGCUGGUUGAAGGCCGAUGUGUCUCGACAGAGUUUCCGACCAAUAGAAUGAAUAUCGACGCCCAUCACGACGCUGAACGAGGCCGACUCCACAGCGUCACAUGCCGAGGAGCACACUUCAUGAAAGAGGACCUUGGUCUUUUUGACGCACCCUUCUUUGGGAUCAAUGAUGCCGAUGCGAAGGCUAUGGAUCCUCAACAGCGCCUUGCGUUAGAGACAGUUUACCGUGCGCUGGAGAAUGCCGGGCUUCCGAUCGAGCAGGUUGCAUGCUCCAAGACCAGCGUCUUCGCGGGCUCCUUUUGUAGCGAUUACCAUAUGCUGCAGAUUAAAGAUCCGCUCAACGUGCCUAAGAAUGCCACUGCUGGAACUGGUCGGAAUAUGAUUUCGAAUCGCAUCAGUUGGUUUUACGACUUCUUAGGUCCUAGCGCGACCGUUGAUACCGCCUGCUCAAGCAGUCUAAUGGCGGUGGAUCUCGCCUGUCAAUCUAUAUGGGGCGGUGAUGCUGCAAUGGGCAUCGCCAUUGGCUGUAAUAUAAUCCUGGCUCCAGAGAUGACCAUUGGCCUAGACAAUCUGGGGCUGUUAUCGAGAGAUAGCCACUCUUAUAGCUUCGAUAAGAGAGCCAAUGGAUAUGCCAGAGGAGAAGGUGUCGGUGCUGUGGUCAUCAAGCGGCUUGAUGACGCUAUAGCCGAUGGAGACACCGUGAGGGCAGUCAUUCGAUCGUCCAGCUCGAAUCAGGAUGGGAAGACGCCUGGAAUUCUGCAGCCGAGCAAGGACGCGCAGGUUCGUUUGAUCCGGGAUACCUAUCAAAAGGCUGGUCUGGACAUGGGGGUCACUAGAUAUUUUGAAGCACAUGGAACGGGAACACCCAUCGGAGACCCGAUCGAGGCUCGAGCUAUUGGUACGGCAUUUCGCUCAUAUCGAUCAGAGGAAACGCCCCUAUAUGUUGGUUCUGUGAAAUCCAACAUCGGCCAUUUGGAAGGGGCCAGCGGGAUUGCUGGUUUUAUAAAAGCAGUCCUUGUGUUAGAGAAGGGUGUUAUUCCACCGAAUAGCAGCAAUCUACAGAACACAAACCCGCAGAUUGAUGAAGAUUAUCUGAGGCUGAAUAUAGUAAAAAGCGCCAUUGUCUGGCCUACUACUGGACUACGACGAGCAUCCGUGAGCUCAUUCGGCUUUGGUGGUGCUAAUAGCCAUAUUGUGCUUGACGAUGCUUACAAUUCCCUCCGACUGAGUGGCUCCGAGAGUGUUGGCCACCAGACUGUGAUAGUGCCUGCACUGGGGCACACCAAUGGUAUACCACAAUUAAAUGGUCACCACAGUACUAAUGGUGUAGACACGUUCAACGACUCCACAAUUGCCUGCAAAACAGUUCCGAAGCUUCUAGUCUGGUCAGCCGCAGACCAAGCAGGCAUAAAACGUCUUGCAGAGAGCUGGAGCACGUAUCUCGCAGAUUUAUCAGUUGAGGAGCCAGAAGAGUACCUGGGGGAUUUAGCACAUACCUUAUGUGGCAGGCGAAGCCACUGGGCCUGGAGGUCGUUCGUUGUUGCUAAACCAGGGGUACUUCUACAAGAUCUGACCAACCAGUUUUCCCUCGCUACCCAAAGCGUUGAUUCGCCACACCUUGCAUUUGUCUUCACUGGCCAAGGCGCUCAAUGGUACGCAAUGGGCCGGGAGCUUAUAGGUCAUUAUGAAGUUUUCUCAAGGACCCUCACCGAAUUAGGCGCGUAUCUCAAAGAGCUUGGAUGUUCUUGGGAUAUUUUGGAGGAACUACAGAAACCAGGGCUGGAUUCGAAUGUGAAUGACCCAUCUUAUGGCCAGCCACUUUGCACGGCACUACAAAUUGCAUUGGUAGAUCUUCUUGAAAGCUGGAGUAUUUCGCCUGCUGCAGUGGUUGGCCAUUCCUCUGGUGAGAUUGCCGCGGCAUACUCUUCCGGGGCGUUAACGAAGUGGUCUGCGCUAAAGAUUGCAUACUUCAGAGGGUCUCUAGCAGGGGACUUAGGAAGAUCUAGCAGCAUGAAAGGAGCUAUGCUUGCUGUAAGCCUGUCUAAGGAGAAUGCGCAGAAGUACCUGCACACACUGGAGACCCAGUUUGAUAGUCCGGAAGUUGUUAUCGCUUGCGUCAAUAGUCCUCAGAGUGUCACAUUAUCCGGGAAACUGGAGCAGAUUGACGCACUGCAUGGCCUGCUAAAUCGGGACGGCGUAUUUUCUCGCAAGCUGGCGGUCAACGUUGCUUACCACUCGUUCCAGAUGCGGGAGAUUUCUGAUGCAUAUUUCACUGCCCUCGGGGGCCUGGAGGCACCGUGCAAUAGAAAGCGAAGACGGCCUUUUAUGGUGUCCUCCGUCACUGGGACAUUGAUUUCAAGCGAGCGGCUAGUGGAACCGAAGUAUUGGGUCGACAACAUGGUCUCACCAGUGCUGUUCCACAAUGCAGUAAGCUAUCUAUGCUCCCAAUCUGGCAAGACGUACAAGAAAAUCGAUGGAAGUCACCGCCAUGCUGUCAAGAUUGAUCACCUUCUAGAAAUUGGCCCACAUUGUGCACUGCAAGGGCCGUGUCGGGAUAUUGUCAGUGUCUUGGGAAAGAGCGACAAAGUUUCAUAUGUUCCUUUCCUGGUACGCAACCGCUCCGCUCUGGAAUGCGCCAUGGAAGGUGCAGGCCGUCUUCACUGCAGCGGAUAUCCAAUCAAAUUGUCGUCGGUCAAUGAAGACGGCGAGGCAAAGGCUGAACGACGACCCCGUGUGCUACUGGAUCUGCCUGAAUAUCCCUUUAAUCACUCUACAUCUUACUGGCAUGAAAGCCGAUUGAGCGAAGGAUACAGAUUCCGUCGAUAUGGCUACUUGGAACUUCUCGGUACUCCAGAGCAAAGCGGUAAUCCAACGGAGGCUAGCUGGAGGAAUAUCAUCCGCGUCUCCGAUAUCCCCUGGGUGCAAGAUCAUAAGAUCAAUAGCACUAUUCUAUACCCAGGUGCCGGUAUGCUGGUUAUGGCAAUCGAAGCCAUCAAGCAACUGGCUGAUCCGGACCGACUCCUUACUGGAUUCAAUAUACGGGAUGCUGUAUUCUCUACUGCCCUUCAGAUUCCUACGCACGCGGAAGGAAUAGAAGUCAAUGUUCAUCUGAAACGCGCGAAGGAGGGGAGGUCUGACGCCACCGGAUGGUUUGAAUGGCGCAUAUAUGCAUACGACAAUGGAAACUGGGUUGAAAACAGCACAGGGUCCAUCCAAGCUCUAUAUGACAGCCAAAAUACAGGUCUAGAUGCUAAUAUUCGAGAAGAGAGGGCAUGGGAAACCCAUCUUCUUGAGGCAUAUAACAGUGCAGUCCGCUCAUGUACGUCGGCCUUUGACCCGAAGACUUUCUACAGGAAUCUCAAUAGCUGUGGAUAUCAGUAUGGGCCUGAAUUUGCCGCAAUACAAAGUAUUGGUUACAGUGAAUCGGACUGCAAAGCGCUCGUCACAGACAUCCGGACAUUCCACCCUACUGGGGUUUGCCUGGCUCAUACUAUACACCCUACAACCCUUGACGCGAUCAUUCAGAUGGCAGCCGGGCUGGAAUCAAACAUGGGCCAGAAUGUGACCAAUGUGGCUGUACCUGUACGAAUUGACCGGCUCUGGCUGUCUAACACAGGUGACCUCAGUCGUCCAAAGGCAGAUGCUAUCAAGGCAUAUGCAGCUUGCAGUCAAUCUGCCGUAGGGUAUAAAAGUUACUCAAUGACAGCAGUGGACAGGGAAGUCUCUAGAGCACUUCUGAAUCUUGAAGGCUUGAAAGUGACAGCCAUUGCCAGCGCGGAAAUGAGCCCUGUCUCAGAUCAAUUCAUGACAGACAACCUAUGUCACUAUAUAGCACAUAAACCUGACAUUGACCUGUUGACAUCCGAAGAGGCCCAGGCGCUUUACGGGGCUCACAACUCACAGGUCCUAGAGCCGGUGGAGCACUUUACUGAGCUUGACUUUCUUGCGGCAGCUUCCGUCAGCAGGUAUGCAGCCUCUUUCCGCGAAGAGGAAAGACAGGAUUUGCCGUCCCACUUGAACAAAUACAUCGACUGGGCCCUGGAGGUCAAGGCAAGCCUUGAUAGUGGCUUAUCCGAAUUCAGCACCAAGGAAUGGAUGGAUCGCCUGGGCGAUGAUGACUAUGUCAACAAGCUACACAGGCGAGUUGGGAGUGGCAGUAAAAGGGGACAGCUAACAAGUACCGUAUGCCGAAAUCUGGCAGGCUUCGUGAAAGACCCACUUACGAAUCUGUUCGGCAACAAUCUGCUCGCCGAUGUAUAUCAUGAAAUGCUAAACGCGCAGUCGAUCAAACCACGGCUGGACAUGGUCAUUAGCGCACUGGGGCACAAAAACCCACGGAUGAAAAUUCUAGAAGUGGGAGCUGGCACUGGAGCCAUGACUGACUUCUGCAUUAGGGCGCUGAGCAUGGACUCUUCAACAGACUCAAGUCUGCGCCGUUAUGGCCAGUGGGACUUUACUGAUAUUUCGAGCUCCUUUUUCCCAGGGGCACAAGAAGUCUUUGCGGCAGAAGGCCAGCGUAUGCGAUUCAAGGUUUUGGAUAUUGAAAAGGACCCUGAGAUACAGGGGUUUGAGUGUGGCACUUACGAUAUGGUCGUAGCCUUUAUGGUGAUACAUGCCACGAAAGACUUGGCUGUAAGCCUACGCAAUGUGCGGAAGCUAUUGAAAGAGGGUGGAAAGCUUCUACUGUUCGAAAUCACCAACUUUCAUCCUCUCAGGGUCAAUCUUAUCUUUGGUCUGCUUGACGGAUGGUGGAGAAGCACGGAACAGUACCGUCAGACGGGCCCCUGCAUCAGUGCCGAGAAGUGGGGAGAGCUCUUGACAGAGACAGGCUUCUCAGGGUGCGAUCUCGUGGUUGAGGAUUACGAAGCCAAUGUUUGCCGUGAAGGAAGCAUGAUUGUGUCGACAGCCGUCGCGCCAAAGCCCGUCGAAAUCACAGCAGUGAACAUAAUCAUAAAGCUGGAAGACCAAACACAGGUUGAUCUGGCUGCGGCAAUAUCUGAGCGGCUGCGGCAACUUGGUAUCUCGAAGAUCACUCUGACAUCGUUGAAUGACAUCUUACAGCGGAAGUUAGCGACAGACUUGUUGGACAUCAGCCUUCUGGAAACGACAACCCCUUUCAUAUGCGACAUGGUUAGUUCAGAAUAUGAAAGCUUGCAAGCAUUGGUAGCAUCUACCAAGAGCCUCAUCUGGGUUGGAGAGGGCGGAGGGCGGCAGCCUCAUCCCAAGUAUCGACUGGUGGACGGGCUCUUCAGGGUCCUUAGUGCAGAGAUGUAUCGGGCUCGACUGACAAACCUCAGUCUGGAGUGUCACUCAUCGAGGGAGCACAAAGCCGCGCAGAUUUGCAAGCUAGUUGUCUCUGCCAUUGGUGAUAUGGAUAGGAGUGCAGACACGGAAUAUACGGAAAUCGAUGGGGUACUUCAAGUCAGUCGCCUGGUCGAUGCGAGGCCUCUGUCCCAAAGGAUUGUCAGAAAGGCUCGUCCUCAGCAGGAGGGACUGUUACCAUAUGGUUCCGGGCCAUCAGUGAGACUGAACAUAGGAUCGCCCGGUCUCCUGAACACGCUGCAUUUCGUUGAGGACAAAAACCUGCAAAAGCCACUUGGUCCAAAAGACAUACAAAUCAAGGUCAAAGCCGUGGGUCUGAAUUUUCGCGACGUGCUUGUCGCACUGGGAAGGUUGGAGAGUGAUACCCUCGGGGCAGAAUUUGCCGGCGAAGUUGUCCAGGUUGGCGAUCAAUGCCAGAAGUUUCAGCCCGGCGACAGAGUUGUCGCCUUCCAUGCCAGUCGCUAUGCUAACUAUGUGACUGUGCGAGAGGAUAUGCCGGUGGUUAAGAUCAGGGAUGAGAAGAUGCCAUAUACAACGGCUGCCGCUAUCCCAGUAGCUUAUGCAACGGCGUGGAUAACUCUUUCCAAGAUAGCAAGGCUCGAAGCAGGGGAAUCUAUACUAAUUCACUCUGGGGCCGGUGGUACAGGACAGGCUGCUAUACAGGUAGCUCAAUACCUAGGAGCGACAGUAUUCGCGACGGUGUCGACCGAAGAGAAGAGGCAGCUCCUGAUGGACCACUAUAACAUUCCAACGGAGCAUAUUUUCUCCAGUCGAAACACACUAUUUGCCAAGGGUAUCCGACGUCUCACUGCUAACAGAGGCGUAGACGUUGUUCUCAAUUCGCUAUCUGGUGACGGGCUUAUUGCUUCGUGGGAAUGCAUUGCACCGUACGGUCGGUUUUUGGAGAUUGGAAAGAACGAUAUCCUGUCCAACUCCAAGCUACCAAUGCUACACUUUGAGCGAAACGUGAGCUUCACGGCUAUCGACCUUGCUGAAAUGGCAAUGGACAGACCGCAUAUAAUCAGGGCAGCUUUGGAGAAAGUCUUCUCCCUACUGGAAGAAGGCCAGAUAAACCUUGUUCAUCCUUUGCAGGUGCGAGGUAUCGCAGAUAUCGAACAAGCAUUCAGGCAGAUGCAGACUGGAAAGAACUCAGGCAAGACUGUGUUGGAGAUGAGGGAUACGGACGAAGUCAUGACGGUUCUUGACACGAAGCCUGCAUAUACAUUCGGGCCCGAUGCCACAUAUGUUAUUGCUGGUGGCCUGGGCGGUCUCGGUAGAAGCAUUGCCCGCUGGCUCGUUGAGCGAGGAGCACGUAACUUGAUACUGCUCUCGCGCUCUGGCCCGGCAAGCCCCCACGCCAGGAGCUUGGUCGAGGAGCUGCACGCACGAGGUGCACGAGCCAUCACUCCUGCAUGUGAUAUCACAAACAGAGAACUACUGAAAACCGUCCUCGAGGUUUGCAGCCAGCUGAUGCCUCCAAUCAAGGGAUGUGUGCAGGCAUCAAUGGUCGUUCGCGCUCAUAACUUCGAAAGCCUACCCUACCAAUCCUGGAAAGAGACCACAACCCCCAAGGUCCAGGGAUCAUGGUACCUACACGAGCUUCUCCCACGAGGCAUGGACUUUUUCGUUCUCAUGUCCUCGGUCUCGGGCAUCAUGGGAGUAGUCAGUGACUCUGGCUACGCCGCAGGCAACACGUUCGAAGACGGACUAGCGAGAUACCGCGUCGGAUUCGGCGAAAAGGCGGUCUCACUCGAUCUAGGACUCUUCCUAACAGCAGGAUACCUCAAAGAGAACCCAGAAAGCCGAGAGCAAUUCCUCGCCAACACGGUCCUUGACGAAAUACAAGAAUCCCAUCUACACGCCCUCCUAGACACCUACUGCGACCCCGAUCAGGACCCAAUCACCAUGCAGGAAAGCCAAGUAGUCGUAGGCAUCACGCCGAGCAGACAGAAACUGGAAACCCGCAAGGCCGAGUGGCUAGACCGCCCCCUCUUCCGACAUUUAUCUCUGACCGAUAGCAGCACAGAGAGCAGAGGAAACUCCGAAGACUCCUCCAACCUGGCAGCCCUGUUUGCGGGGGCGUCAUCAACAGAAGAGGCGGCGGCGAUCGCCAUGCGCGCAACACGGGAGAAGCUCUCCAUUAUGAUGUCGACGCCAGUGGACGAGAUCGACACGGACAAGCCCAUUCACCAAUACGGAGUGGACUCGCUGGCGGGGGUGGAGCUGCGGAAUUGGUUUGCGCGCGAGCUGCGGGCGGACCUGGCCAUGUUUGACAUUCUGGGUGGUGCGAGUCUUGCAUCGGUGGUAACGUUGGCAGUGGGGAAGAGCGAAUACCGACGAUGA